AGACCGCUCGGCCACGCUACCUCAUGCCUAUGCUGACAGAAAAUAGUUUACAUAUUUGUUUUACGUGAUAUAUGCUUGUUUCGGUGGCAAGAAAGUUUAUUGGUUUAUCGAUUAUUAAUUUAUUAUUGUAAUAUUUUAUCUACAUGCUUUCCCACCGUAUUUGCAAUCUAUUAUACAUGUAAUUACGUUCUGAAUGACCGUCGAAUUUGAUCGUCGCGUCGGUUGUAACGUACCUGUCCAUAGGGGGCAGCACAGUCUGUGUUAUAAUUUACAACGGAAGUACCCGAACCUCAUUCUACCUGUGUGUGUGUUUGACUGGGGAAUUACAAUGACAUAUCGAUAUUGUUCAAAGGGAGGAAAUCAACGAUUAUGACUACGUAAUCACAUGUCUAGUCAAGAUAGUGUUAAACAGCCGGAAAAAUCGCACAGAGCAGGAGAUAUCGUUCAUAAUGUUUGCAGACGUUUGACCCAUUUUGGUGUAUUAUGCACACAACGAUGAAACCGGACAUAUCAGUUUACGAUUUCUACUGACAGUACAAGAUUUCACGCAAAAUGUUCAUGAGUACUGACACUAGCCCUGGAUAAAUAUUGGUUACUUUUACACACAAUCCUGGUUGGAGUUUUCAAAUUUCUUUGUGAAUCUGUGGGCGCUGCUGGCUGGAUCAUUUGACGAAUCGGUGUUUCAUAGUUUGACAGGUAUGUGAACGAUGGUGAGUGAUCCCCGAUUUCCCGUGUCACGUUGACACUUAAUCUGUUGUGGGACCCUGACCAGCCACAUAGGAUAUGGGAGGCUCGGCCUCUGUACAGCUCGUCAUGCUGGGGCUGGACCUGUCAGGCAAAACAACAUUAUUAUACAGACUUAAAUUUGACCAAUACAUGCAUGUCAAUUCUACCAUUGGAUUUAACUGUGAGAAAAUCAAGGGAAAGACUGGAAAAAUAAAAGGAAUAAACUUCACAAUAUGGGAUGUAGGUGGUCAGGACAAGACCCGCCCGCUAUGGAGAUCCUACGUGCGGUCAUCCGAGGGUAUCAUAUUUGUUGUUGACAGUGUGGACAAAGAACGCCUUGAAGAGGCUAAAUUGGAGUUAAUUAAACUUUUGAAAAGUUCAGAAAAUCCAGGUUUACCAGUGUUAGUCAUUGCCAAUAAACAGGACUUGCCUGGGUCAUUGGACUUGGCUGAGGUAGAAAAACAUCUCGGUCUUCAUGAACUGCCCCCAAGUCAGCUGUGGGCCUCUCAUCCAGCAUGUGCAAUCACAGGAGAAGGAUUAGAUGAAUGUAUGGACUCAAUGUACGAGCUUAUAGAAAAAAAGAAAAAGACGAAAAAGAAAAAGUGAAUUGAAAAUUAAUGCUUAUUUUAAAAUAAUAUACACAACAUUGAGAUUGCAAGUAAUGUGCUACUUUCUGCUACCAGUGAAUAUAAAAAAUAUGUCAAUGGUCCAAAAUGUCUGACUUUUCUAUAUGUACUAAAAGUAAAGUCAGACAUUUUCAGACUCGCAGCAUGGAUAUACAUGUAUCUGCAUAUCGUAAAAAGGUAUGCUGAUUUUUCAAUGUUUUAAAAUAGAAGUCCCAACAUUUUAUUUUUAGAGUGUAAUGCUAUUUAUUUGCUCUGAAGUUGUAUGUAAUAAUUAAUGUGUGAAGUGACUGUGAUCUCGGGUCUGGUAUAAUCAUUCCUCAAUAGAAAAGGAAAUAUUUAUAAUGUGCUCUUUCAUAUCUAUAAAAAGGCUUUACAAUUUUAUUUUGUAUGUAGAAUGAAUACUUGCAUCCAUUUGUUUUUGAUAAAGCAAAAUUUGCUCUUUGAAUAUUUUUGUGAAAUAGAAUUACUCAACAUAUCAGGAACAAUUUCAAGCAAUAGUGGUGUGUACAAUGUAUGUUUUUACUUGUCACAUGACAUGCAUGUAUUCUGGAGUGCACAUUUUGACAUGUCCUGUUUCCACAGAAAAAAACUUGCUGUAUACCAGAAAAGCAAAUGAAAUGAUGAAUACAAUUUUAUUGCAAUAUAUAUGGGCUUGAACAAGUCUACUGAAGUGUACACUUACAAGCCGUCUCUGAAUCCAUGUCCUGUUAUACUCCAGCUGUUGUACUAGAUAACAUACCAGGGCUUUCAGUUAGUGCUUUGUAAAGUGGAAUAAUACAAAGGAAAAUAAACAUUUCAGGAAAACAGUACUUAAAAAUGGCAUGCCUGCUUAUAUUAACAUUUUAUAUUAUACUGAUAUUCAAAUACUUCAAGUUGGUAUAGGUUGUUUGAAAGAUUUUUCGUUUUAGAAUUAUAUUGAUCCAGGAUCAAAAAAUAUUAUGUAAAGAUCUUUUCUGAAAAUUGAUAGGCAAAACAUAAAUUGGUUUCAAUUCAAGGUAAAGGGUACCAUUAAAAAUACAUUGCCAUUUUCACUAUCAUUGUGUACAGUAUGCACACAAUGCAUCAAAAUGAGAGAUUGAUGAUACCUUGACAAGGGUAGUAACUCUCAGCCAGAAAAAAUACUUUUUGGUCCCUUCAUCUUUAUGUAUACAAGAUAGAAAACUGAAAAGCCCAAAUAAGAAACUUUUUCACAGUUGACCCCUUCACUCCAUGUAACUUUAGUAGACUCUACCAUGCAUUAAUCUGGAUGAGUCCAUUAUGGUCUACAGUGGUGAAAGGGUUAAAACUGAUGUAGUGGUACCCCUUACCUCCAAUUAAAUGUCUUUUCCACAAGGAAGUAACAGAUACCCUAUUUCACUGUAGUAACCUAAACUGUAAUUGAAAAUAGUUAUUGCCAGUAUACAUUUUUCAAUCCAAUAUUAGCUCUAGGUUUGUGUUAAAUAUUUGAUGAUCAUUGUUCUAGUUGAAUUGAGGGAAGCCAUAUUCAAGCAAAUUAGUUUUUCGUGGUACUAAGGCUUAUUAUGUUACAUAAACACCUCAGCAACUUGAGAUCUAGAUAAAUAUGUUGAUGUUCUGCUUAAAUCACCUGAAAGGACUUUUUACAAUUUUAGAUUUUAUUCAUAUACCUACAGUUAUAAUUUAAAAUUUAUGUGAUUUUGAGUGAAAUGAUUUUAAUAAAUUUAUAUAUGUUUUCUUUGAAUGCUAUUUUAACUAAAAGUGCAUUAAAUUAACUUAAUUAUGAUUAUUUUCAUCAUUCAGUACAUGUACAUCAUGAGGCUUUCUUGAUUUAGUCUAUCUGCAAUGUGAUUAAAUUUAGAAUUUACCAGGAAGUUUAUUUUACUGUCGGCCAAGACAGUUUUUUUUCAUUUACAGAUGUAAGAUACACAAAUUGGAUCUUGUGACACAAGUUUUUUUACAAUUAAAUUUUGUAAUUUAAACUAUAUAAUGCUCAUCACUGCUGAUGCUCUAUGAAGCAAUGGGAGACAGAGAGUGAGUGAGAGAAAGGAGAAUUUCUGUGUUACACAUUUUUUGUGCAUUACAAUGUUUAAAUUUCAACAUGCUGCAUGCACAGAUGAGUUUUCAUUAGUGAACAGUUAUUUUAGAUGUAUCAUAAUAUGAUAUUGUCUUCCGAUUUAUAAUUCCGACAGGUUAAAUCUGAUAAAAAACAGAUCUGCAAUACCUCAUGUAAAAAGAUCUUAUUUUGUCGUUGAUAAGUUUUGAAUGUUGAAUUCUGAUUGUGAUAGCAAUGCUUGGCUGCAUACUCAAACCCCCUCGUAGUUGUAGCGAAGGUUUCACUAAAGUAUGGAUUCUUGACAUUAUGUGAAGCUACAUCUAACCUCAUACAAACAUAUUGUUAUUAUUUAAUCAUGUUAUAUUAUUAAUUGAAAAGUAAAACAAAAUAUAAUCUACUCUUG